CCCCACGCACCGCCAAGAACUCGCUCCAGCCACCCUCCCACCAGUGCCCCUCCGCAGUCCGCACGCCAUGUCGUCCCGGAGCUCCCUCCUCCCGCUCCCGCUCCUGCUCCUCUGCGCCGCCGCCGCCGCCGCGUCGUCGCGCAACGCCGAGCUGGACGCGCUGAUGGAGCUGAAGGCGGCGCUAGACCCAGCGGGGCGCGCUCUGGCCUCGUGGGCGCGCGGCGGCGACCCCUGCGGCCGCGGCGACUACUUCGAGGGCGUCGCCUGCGACGCCCGUGGCAGGGUCGCCACCAUCUCGCUCCAGGGGAAGGGGCUCGCUGGCGCCGUCCCUCCCGCGCUCGCCAUGCUCCCGGCCCUCACCGGCCUCUACCUACACUACAACGCCCUGCGCGGGGAGAUACCGCGCGAGCUCGGCGCCCUCCCUGGCCUCGCCGAGCUCUACCUCGGUGUCAACAACCUUUCCGGCCCCAUCCCCGUCGAGCUGGGCCGACUCGGUAGCCUCCAAGUGCUGCAGCUCGGCUACAACCAGCUCACAGGGAGCAUUCCAACCCAGCUGGGCCACCUAAACAAGCUCACUGUUCUCGCCCUUCAGUCCAACCAGCUCAGCGGCGCGAUCCCGGCAUCCCUCGGGGACUUGCCGGCGCUGGCACGGCUAGACUUGAGCUCCAACCAACUCUUCGGCUCAAUCCCCUCCAAGCUCGCUGAGAUCCCUCGUCUUGCAACGCUAGACCUCCGGAACAACACACUUUCAGGAAGUGUUCCAUCUGGUCUGAAGAAGCUGAACGAGGGGUUUCUGUACGAGAACAAUCCGGAGCUCUGUGGAGCGCAGUUCGAUUCUCUGAAAGCUUGUCCUAACGAUGGCAACGAUGACGGCAGAACGCCCCGGAAACCUGAAUCGACCUCUGUCAAGCCCCAGCAGAUUCAAAAGACGGCCGACCUCAACCGGAACUGCGGCGACGGAGGCUGCUCGAAGCCUUCGACGCUCUCUACAGGGGCUGUUGUUGCCGGAACAGUCGUCAUCGUGGCAGGAGCAGCGGCCUGUGGCCUGUCCGCGUUCUCAUGGCACCGCCGCCAGAAGCAGAAGGUCGGCAGCAGUUCGGUCGAGCAUCUGGAAGGCCGGCCUAGCCUGGACCGGUCGAAGGAAGCAUACCAGAGAAGCGCCGUGUCGUCACUGAUGAACGUCGAGUACUCCAGUGGCGGCUGGGACACUUCAUCCGAGGGGUCACAGUCACAGCAUGGGGUGGCGAGGCUGUCGUCGUCGACAGAGGGUGGUUCCCCGAGCGUGAGGUCGUUCAACCUCGAGGAGGUGGAGUGCGCCACGCAGUACUUCUCGGACGCGAACCUGAUCGGCAAGAGCGGUUUCGCCGCGACGUACAAGGGGGUCUUGCGGGACGGGACGGCUGUUGCGGUGAAGAGCAUCAGCAAGAACAGCUGCAAGUCGGAGGAGGCCGACUUCCUGAGGGGCCUCCGCACGCUGACGUCGCUGCGGCACGAGAACCUCGUCGGCCUGAGGGGAUUCUGCCGGUCCCGGGCGAGCGGGGGGUGCUUCCUCGUCUACGAGUUCAUGGCCAACGGAAGCCUUUCUCGGUACCUCGACGCCAAGGAAGGCGAUGCGGCGGACGCCGCCGCCGUCCUCGACUGGCCUACACGGGUCUCCAUCAUCAAAGGCGUCGCCAAGGGCAUCGAGUACCUGCACAGCAGCAAGCUGGCGCACCAGAGCAUCUCGGCGGACAAGGUCCUGCUCGACCACCUCUACGCGCCGCGCCUCUCCGGCGCGGGCCUGCACAGGCUGCUGGCCGACGACGUGGUGUUCGCGGCGCUCAAGGACAGCGCGGCCAUGGGGUACCUGGCUCCCGAGUACGCGACGACGGGGCGGUCCACGGACAAGCAGGGCGACGUGUACGCGUUCGGCGUGGUGGUGCUGCAGGUGCUGGCGGGGCGGCGCGCCGUGUCGCCGCCCCACCUCCAGCAGGGCGGCGGCGGCGGCGGGCGGCUGGACGACCUCGUGGACCCGCGCCUGCGCGGGCGGUUCUCGCGCGCCGAGGCCGCCAAGCUCGCCGGCGUCGCGCUGCUCUGCACCGCCGAGGCGCCCGCGCAGCGGCCCACCAUGACCGCCGUGCUGCAGCAGCUCGGCACCAGCAGCCAGUGAUCGUCGUCGGCGGCCGGUACGGUGGUGGGCCGGAGUCGGAGCUCGCUGGCUACCUGGCCGGCGUGGUGACUGAUUUGUGUUGAGUUAGUUAACCGCUACUGAUCUCGGCUACUCGCAUGGUAGCUGCAUUUGCUCCUUGUUUGAGCUGAGCCCCGGCUCCUUCCUCGGGAGCUCGGUUGAUGUAGUUGUAGUAAAGUAAGCCGGUGUGAUUGCAUUGUGACGGAGAGUUUUUAUUAGUUAACUACCGUCUCAUGGCACUGAUGUUGUAUCGAAUUGUACUGUCUGUACCCUUAAGAUCUAUCUAUAUGUCGAGGAUUUGUUGGAAA